AAUUUUUUAUAAUAAAUGUAUUUCUUUCUUAGGUUCACUUAGAAGCUAUACUCAUAAACUUGACAAAAAACUUUGGUUUUUUCCUUUCAACCGAUUCUACUGGAUGUUAUGCACGCAGUGUGGAAGGAACUUUUCAAGACAGUUGUGCAUUUUUGCUUACAACUUAUAAUUAAAUGAAUAAAAUUUUGUAAUAAAAAUUGUUUUGAGUACCUAAAGACAUGCACAAUAAGUGAAAAUCGCAAAAAGAUCCAUUGCUUAGUUUUAUUAGAAAAAAAUUAUAAAAGAGUGCUUAAUUUUCGCCUCCUAAUGUAAACGCUCCCAUUAACAGCUUUUCUCUGACAUUUUUCACUUUUCUAAUAUCAAAAAAUUUGCUUACUGAAUUCUCUUUCUCUCUCUCCCCUUCUUCUCCUCCCCCCCUCUCUCUCUCUUUUACUCACUUAUCCAUUUAUUCAUUCAUUUUGUGUACGUGUAUUACAAACAACGUAUUAAAAAUACGAUAUUUAAAAAGAGCAAGUUCAGAGUUAAUGAGCGUGAAAAUUUCAGCAACCGUAACCGUAACUUCCUGUCGUAUGACAAGAUUUGUUUCUGACCGGAACAGUUUUAUACCGUAAUUCUUUGAAGAAGGAGUUCUCUGUAUCGUCUCCGUGCUGCACAAUUUAGUGAUCUUUUCUGUUCUCGUGUAAUUUCUUUGCGUCAGAGAUGACGUUUACAUCUCUAACCAAUUUUGGAGGCUACGGGAAAGUUUCUUGGGACAUACCUGUCGAGCGUUAUCACAAUGACGGAAGUAGUUCUCAUCACGGAUAUCAUGGAAGCUCAAAAGGAAAGGGUGGAAGUAGCGCUGCACUGAGUGCAUUGACUUUGCUUGCUUUUCUAUUUCUCUUAAAUGUUAUGCAGCAAUCCUUACAAGAUAACAAUUCGACGCUCGUUCCAACGACCACCACGUUAUUGCUGCGAGACACCGAAUUACCAAUCAUCUUGGAUAAUGAAGAGGAAAAAAAGGCUGAAACAAAAGACAACUUUGCACAAAUAGUAAACCCAUAUGCUCCGAAAGUAAUGACAAAAGAUUAUACGCGACAUAAGAAUUAAUUAUCUUUGACAAGUUUAUAUUUUCUAAAAAACUUUUCUCAUAUAUAUAAAAUGUCUUAUAAUUUUCUAAUUAAAAAUAUAUAUUCUCAAUUUUCUUUUGUUUUUUAAAUAUUUAACUAACAUUCUUUUCAUAAUAAUAAAUAAUAAAUUUAUUAUUUUGAUAAUAUUUAUAUUAGCAAUGUAAGAUAAGAUAAUCAAUAAUUUACAUCAUUAAAAAUACAGGUAAGAUGUAUCAGAUAAUCCUGAUAAUCAAUAAACCGAAGUAAUAAUUUAAAAUAAUAUGGUCAUUCAUCAAAACACACAUACAUAACAGUUUAUUUUAAUUUAUUUUCUUUCUUUCUGAACAUGAGAGAUUUUUAAACAUAUCAUUAUCGUAAUCAUUCAAACAUUACUUACUAGCAUUUAAAAAUGUCC